UUUUUUUUUUUUUUUCUUUUUUUUCGUUUUAUUCUAACUCUCUGUCAAUAGCGUUUUAUUUAACCACACGCCAGUGCAUCAUUACUUCUCUCAAGUGCUCAGAGAUCACAAGCCAACACAAACAAAUAGAAAAGCGGAUCACGUAACACACAAGGGCGCUCAAACACUGUGCGGGGAAACACAAAAUGGCCGCUGCAUCACCAACGCGAUUCAAUACAAAGUCGCCAGCAGUCAAGCGCAUCAUGCAAGAAAUGCGAGAGAUGCAAAACCCAACAGAGAGCUACUAUGCACAGCCGCUGGAGGACAACCUGUUUGAAUGGCACUUUACGGUGCGCGGUGCGCCAGACACACCGUUUGCCCACGGCGUCUAUCACGGUCGCAUUUUGCUGCCCGCAGAGUAUCCGUUCAAGCCACCAAGCAUCAUUCUCACAACCCCGAACGGCCGCUUCGAGGUGGACAAGAAAAUCUGCCUCUCCAUUUCGGCCUAUCACCCGGAAUUCUGGCAGCCGUCCUGGUCCAUUCGCACGGUGCUCCUCGCCAUCAUCAGCUUCAUGCCGACCGAAGGCAAGGGUGCGAUCGGGGCGCUUGAUGUGGCCGCCACCGUUCGCCAAGAGCUCGCCAAACAAUCGGUGCACUUCAAGUGCCCCGUCUGCCAAAAGUGCAACCGCGACCUCCUCCUGCCCGAAGCAGAAACCCCAGACCUGGCCAGUGCACCCUCCGCAGCUGACUUGAGUGCCAUUCGCGAAAUUGCAUUCAAGGGUGAGGACCCCAAUGCACGUUCGCGUACCUCGUCGGCUGUGACGGAAGCGGAGCAAGCAGAUGCUCAAAGCCUCGCCCAGUCCACAGCAGCACCCGUGUCAGAGUCGUCAGCACCUGCACCCGAGCCGACCACCGGCCCACAGACGCCCUCUGAGACUGUGCAAGGAGUUUUCCCCGCAGUGGAGUCACCUGCCGUCGCUGGACCAGCAUUCCAACCAACUUGGGGUGUGCCACCAACGCCUCCAACCACUCUCACUCCACAGCAUCAACAACUGUUCGGUCACUCUCCGUAUGUCGCUCAUCUCUCCCCGGCGCAACUCUACCAUCAGCAUCUGUAUCAGCAACAGCAGUAUCUUCAACAGCAGAUGCUCCAUCACCAGAUGCUCGCGCAACACCAACAUCGCCAAUGGUUGCUGCAACAGUAUCAUUUGCAACAGCAGCACCAACACCAACACCAACACCAACAGCAGAUGGCUGCGCCCAGCGCGACGGCAUCUCAUGCAGCUGCACACCUUCGUGCUCGAACCACCACCACUACUGCCACGUCGCCAGCUGCGCCUCUGGCACAGCAGCGCGUUCAUGCUGCCCAAUCCCCUCCCUCGGUUCUUCACCAGAUUGUCAACUACUUUGGCUUUGUGGCGCUUGUUGUCGUUCUUGUUUUGCUUUCAAAGUGGUAUGCGGUGUGACAUGGUGGUUUAAAAACACGAUUAUUUGCACUG